AAGAAGACGAAGCUGAAAUUGUUUUGAAACACAGGGAGCACAACAGAAAAACGAUGUUCUGAAUGACAGAAAUCAGACACAUAAAGACAGCAGACUUGUCUUGUGUUUUCCUCGAGAUCAGCGCGAGUGUUUGUUUCCGUUUGCUGUUUCGUCGCGUGAUGUGGAUCAGCUACACUGAUCUCUAGACACCAUAAACCUGAUUUAAGUUACUCUGGUUUUGAGGAUUGUUGAUUUCUCCUCGAUAAAUCACUCAACUGUAGUGAAAGCAUGGAUGUGGAUGUGGUGAGUUUCCGUUUGCCUGCGCAUGGAGACACUGCCCUGAGUAACAUGAACUUCCUGCGGACGCAGCAGCACUUCUGUGAUGUCACCAUCGUGGCGGGAGGCAGGCGCAUGUUCAGGGGUCACAAGGUCGUACUGGCGGCUUGCUCUGCGUUUCUAAGGGACCAGUUUCUCCUGAACCCCUCAUCAGAGCUACAGCAGGUGUCGAUGUUGCACAGCUCAGCAGUGGUAUGUGAACUCCUCCAGUCCUGUUACACAGGGAUGCUGCAGUUCAGUGCCAAAGAGAUCGUGAACUACCUGACUGCAGCCAGCUACCUGCAGAUGGAGCAUGUGGUGGAGAAAUGCAGAGGAGCCCUGAGCCAGUACAUGCAGCCCCGCAGUCGCAGCCCCAUUACUGUGAAAUCGGAAGAUCCUCAGUCUAUGCCAGUGAUUGUCAGUGGAAGUACCCAUUCGUUGGGAUCCAUUUCAUCCCCUUCUGAUACGGCAUCACUGCAUCCUCACAGUUCAGGAAAGGAGCUCCAGGCUGCUGAUGCCGAACUAUCCAACAUCCCUCACAAAGAUGACAGUCAUUUGACCAUACACUGUAUAAGGGGAUCCGAUGCAUCUGGACACUUUGAGGGAGAGGACGGGCCUGAGAGUGACGUCUUUCAGGUGCAGAUCAACGAUGAACAGCAAGACCCGGAGAAGACCUCUGGUGCUGAGGAGGAAGACAGAGAAGCUGUUGUCAUGUUAAAUGACCACGAACCGAUGGACGCAAGUAUAGAGGAGCCCAGUAUGGAGGGGCAAGCUAAAGGCAACGACCACAGAGGGGCAGGCCGCAUGUGGAGACGACGGCAAGGAGAGCACAGGGGAGGCAGAGGAAGAGGCUUUAAACACAGGAAGCGAUACACUUUCAAGGACCGCAAGCUCUUGGGAAACUACCAGGAGGCUUGGCGAUUUCCAACCCCUGAUGAAAUGAUGGGUAAUUUUGGAGCAGACUUUGGGGCUGAUUACCUAUCCAAUCAGCAUCUCGCAGAUGGUACCGUCCGCAUUGAGUACAGUCCUGGAGAAGAGAUUGGCUCUGAUGGAGGUCCUGCACACUUUGGUGUGGAAGCUUCCAGCGGGGAACAGGGAAUGAGAGUCAGGACACAUACAAAUGAGCAUGGAGCUGCUGACGAGUCUGUGGCGGUGGUGGGAUCCACGUCCUGUGUAGCGGGACCAGUGGUGUGUGAGCAGUGCGGACUAGCAUUUUCCACAACGCAGGACUUAGCCAUGCAUUCCCUGUCAACUCACCGGCUGUAUGUGUGUCCAUGCUGCGGGAAGCACUUCAGCCACUCCAGUAACCUCAACCGCCACAUGAUCGUCCACCGUGGAGUUUCCAAGCUCCACUGUUGCCCCCUGUGCCACAAGACCUUCACUCAGAAGUCAACACUGUGCGAUCACAUGAACCUGCACAGUGGGGAGCGGCCGCAUGUGUGUGCGUACUGCCACGUCAGCUUUGCCCAUAAGCCUGCUUUACGCCGUCACCUGAAAGAGCAACAUGGAAGGACAACGGCCCAAAACUAUCUGGAGAUGCAGCGAAACAAUGAGGGGAGUGUUGGGGAAGGGGUUUAGAUCAGAUUUAAAAUGUUACUCUGUUAAUGAAAUCAGAAUUAACCCUAUUUACUUUCCUAAAGGUGCCAUAGAAUCCACUGAUACAAUAUUUUAAAUUGUUCUCUGAUGUCCCCAGGGUGUAUGUGUGAAGUUUUAUCUCAAAAUACCCCACAGAAAAAAAAUUAUAGCUUGUUUUCAUAUGCCACUUUUAGGUUAUGAGCCAAAACACGCUGUAUUUGUGUUUGUCCCCUUUAAAUGUAAAUGAGCUGGGGCUCCCGCCUCCCUUUUCAGACGAGUGUGGAGCUUCAAAAUUGCUUCCAUUUGCGUUACAAAGCAUUGGUAUCGAUCCCUCUUUCAGAAGCAAUCUUUGCACAACUGACCCUUGUUUGUGAGGCAAACCUGUGUAUAUUGUUAGAAAAAAGUUUUUUUUCUGUGACAUUUCCUUUGAAAAUGAAAGGUAACCACCAUGUCCCCAGUAGUCUAUGGAGACCCCUAUGUUCGUUGGUGCAUCCCAAAACACAACACUUUUAAUGGCUCUUUGGUGCUGACAUUGCAUCUCCAGCAACUACAGCAAGAGAACAGUAAUGGUGGACCGCAGCUUCUCACUCAGGGUUGUGUAUAUUGCCACGUUUCCACCGCAGGAACUUCCACUACCCAAGAACUAUUGACUUUGGCCUGGUACUUGGUGUGUUUCCACCGCAGGAACCAGGAACUAAAUAAAGUUCCAGGUAAAAAAUCAAGUACGCAGCUGUUUGCAGAACUACCGGACUUGCGUCGUCAUGGACAUCACACUCCCGAGUCAAAUGCACUGAGUCUGAACUACCAAGGAGGCACAUCCAAAAUCAGCGUACUUUGUAUUGAGAAAUGCGCGCAGACCUACGUCACCAAUCUAUUUGCCUAAUCUUCCCGGUACUUUACACCGAGUGGAAUCGCAGAAAGCAACAGGUGUGGGGGGAAAAAAGUUCCUGGUACAAAUGUUCCGGGUAAUUUCGGUGGAAAUGCGGCAUAUGAUAAUAUGGCAGAAAGCAUCACAACUGGGAGGGACUUUCCCUGAGCAUGACGUCAUGGUAGUGAGAAAUUUGGAACUGCUUGUGUGGACCGACUGUUUAUGAUUUAUUGGGAUUAUAAAACAGUGAGUGGGUGGAUUUUUACAAUUAUAGGCUGGUUGUCUUCACACACUGCGGCCACACAACUUUGUUCAAACGUUCACCUUAUAAAAGUGAUUUUUGUAUUAUAUUGCACCUUUAAUACACAUGUCUUGGCUUAUUGUGCUCCAUUUAUAAGUGCACAUUAGGUUAAAAUGUAUGUCUUUGUAAUCGGUAUGUAAUAACUGUAUUGUUGCAGCAAAAUGAUUCAGAAUUGUCAAUGUGCAAGCCGAACACUGCUAAAGCAUUUGAGCCUGAGAGAUCUGACUGAAUUUAUACUCACUCAUAGCAACAGUUCACCCUAUAAUGAAAAUUCUAUUAUUUACUCACCUUCAUGUCAUUUUAAAACCUCUGAGAAACACAAAAUAAUACAUUUUGUCUGAACUGGUAAACGCUUUUCCAACGUCAGGCCGAACCAUUCUUGUUGCUUAACUGUUUCAUUCCAUGCUGAUCUGGCCCAGCCAGUAUGGAUAUGAUUUCAUUUCCCACUGUGGGGCUGACAACAAAGCUGGUUCUACAAAUCUACAGAGAGAAACUAGCAGCCAGAAUCAGACAACAAACAAGUAACCCAUGCUGAGUAGUGAAGUCACUACACUGAUUCGACCAACACAGUUCGGCUCAAGAGGGUAUCUAACUGUAACCAUUACUUACUGUUCUUAGAACCAUUAAACCUGACAGUUGAAAAGCAGUUAAUGAUAUUGUUUAAACCUCAAUAUCAUAAUUUUUUAAAGAUUACAGAAUUUCCAUUUUUGGAUGAACUACCACAUAAAAGCAAAAAUAUUACCUUUUUUGUGUUUCUUUACAGGAUAAAAGUCUUUUUACUACAAGUGAUAAGACAAUAACGGAUGUCAAAUGAAGGUCUUGCAUAUCUGUGGCUUGUAAGAGUGAUAAAUGUUAAUAUAAACAAAAUAAAAUGUCCAUGAAUUAGUACUGUUGCGUGAUGAGGAAAGUAAGAAAACGUGUUUGUCAUUUUUGUUGUAGUGCAAGUUUAGUGUCUGUAUGUUGCAACAAAGCCGUAUUAAAAUUGUCCCAACUGUAA